GAGGCCAUGGUGGUCCGGAGGGCCGUGGUCCGGAGGGACGUGGUCCGGAGGGCCGUGGUCCGGAGGGACGUGGUCCGGAGGGACGUGGUCCGGAGGGACGUGGUCCGGAGGGUCGUGGUCCGGAGGGACGUGGUCCGGAGGACCGUGGUCCGGAGGGACGUGGUCCGGAGGGCCGUGGUCCGGAGGGCCGUGGUCCGGAGGGACGUGGUCCGGAGGGACGUGGUCCGGAGGGACGUGGUCCGGAGGGACGUGGUCCGGAGGGACGUGGUCCGGAGGGACGUGGUCCGGAGGGACGUGGUCCGGAGGGUCGUGGUCCGGAGGGACGUGGUCCGGAGGGCCGUGGUCCGGAGGGCCGUGGUCCGGAGGGACGUGGUCCGGAGGGACGUGGUCCAGAGGGACGUGGUCCGGAGGGCCGUGGUCCGGAGGGCCGUGGUCCGGAGGGACGUGGUCCGGAGGGCCGUGGUCCGGAGGGACGUGGUCCGGAGGGACGUGGUCCAGAGGGACGUGGUCCGGAGGGACGUGGUCCGGAGGGCCGUGGUCCGGAGGGCCGUGGUCCGGAGGGCCAUUGA